CACCCACCUGCCCGGCACUUCACUUCCGCUGACGUCAUACUCUGAGCGCUAACCCCACAGUCUACAGUGAGUUACGUGUGGCCAUAUUGUAUUCGGGUAAAUUGCAAAAGUAAGAAACUUCUUGCCCAAUGUAAAUAUGGCUGAUUUAAUGAUUAAAAAAAAAAAAAAGUGCCUCCGUAAUCCUGUCUGUUUCUAUUGCGUGAGCCCAGCUAUGUCGGGAUAGAGGUGGUCUGCUACUGCUCUAUGCUCCGCAGUGAAAGGGAAGCUCCCAUAUGGACGCCGUGCACUGUAACGUGUCUCCUGGUGACAGCGCCUCCCGCAGGAGGCUCUUAUAGGCUACAGCAGAAGAAGGCGCAUCUGCCCGCCCGGGAGCGGCGAGGGAUCAUCUGUUGUCGGCAGUUUGUGAAGAUGCCAAACCUAUCUGCAGAAGGCUCCCAGUAUCCGGAAGUUGCGGUGCAUAUAUCAGAUCAGAAGUAUUAUAUUAGAGCAGUCCUCACCAGGGAGGCCCAGGAAACAUUAGAAAGGGAAGAUGAGCACUUUACAGUUGCCGAUAUCAAGAACAAGCUAAUCAUCUUGAAAAAGUUCUCUGUGUGUUUUACAGCAGUGGAAGAACUUAAAAACUGUGAGUUUUACCUUUGUGUUCAGCAUUUAAGUGUGAUGGCCAUGGAGACAAAUGCAGUGGACCUAUUGAACUGUAACAUGGAUCCAGGAGUGUGGAAGAUCAUCAAGGAACUGUGGCAAAAUUACAUGAAAGAAUGUGAGAUGAGGGAGACUUCUGGCAUGAAUUCAUCAGACGUGUGUCUUACCCAAUUACUUAUGGUUGAAAGUGAAGAGAAAUUCAGAGCCUUGAAAUCCAUUGCUGAACACUGUCUUGAUCUUAACCCAUUUGAGACACAAGAGAUCCCAGCACAAGCCCGGACAAAUUGGGGUAAUAAGAAGAAUGAAAAUAGUUUUUCUGUUCCUAUGCAUUUGUUGCUCAUCCCUCCACAUGAAGAAUCGGCUCUGGAGCAGAUGACAGAGUACAGAACUGACGUUCAGCUCACCAGUGACGUUGAUGCUUGUUGCGAUACAAGUAUUUCUCCUCAACUAUACAGCACAGCAAUAUCAUCACUGUCUGCGGAGCCAAUGGAUGAUGGUCCAAGUAGCCAGUCCAGAAAUCCCUGGAACAAACUGCAGCCACUUUGUAUCAGUGUAGCCACAUGCUCUGAUUCCCAACCAGGGGAUUCUCGACCUGUUAAGCAGUGGAGUGGUGAAGAAGAUCUUGUCCCAAGCCCAGACAGUAGCACUCCAGAGAUAUUAAUGUCCCACCUAGAUGUGUCUGCAAUGGACUUCACCGAAAGCCAGAAUGAGAUUUCUCCCCUAACAUUUUCAGAAACCUCUAAGAACCCUCAACCACCUGAAACAAAAACUCUUGCUCAGGCCGCACAAAGCAUUGACUCCAGUAGUACCUCUGGUCUCUGUGGACAAAGAAGCUUUUCAGACACCAGCCUUACAUCUCCCGUCCUGAAACCUCUUACUCAGGACUCCCGAUCAGAUUGCUCAAAUAUGAUACCCGACUCCCCCCCACAGGGGAGUUUUACCAUGGGCAGCAAAGUUCAGAUAUGUCCAGUUUUGUCUUAUAGUUCAGACAGUGAGAACAGACCUAGAAUUAGGAUAGGACAUAUCUCACCGAACCAUGACAGGAGCAGGGAAAUGUACUCACUAAGAAGAAGGAAAGUAAUGAAGAGGAAGCUUUCUUCAGAUGACUCUGAGAGCACUCUUUCUGACUUGGAGCAACAGACACCUAUGUGUGUAGACAGGACACGUUGUGUGAGCACGCUUUCUGGAGUGGAAGUAGUUACUUCAGUGACGCGGACAGAUAGUCACGUGCAGACUGCACCCGAUAAGCAAUUAGAGGACAGAAAUAGAACAGAACCUGUUUUAGAUGAAGGGAGGACAGAACAUGCUGUCACAGCUGGCUCAGAAAGUCCCAAAAUCUGCAGAAAAAUUACAGUCAAAAAGUGGGUACAGUCCAAAAAACCUAGCUUAGAGUUUGUGACCAAACAAAUGCUGGUAACCGAAGGCUCAGAGAGUACACUGUCCUCAGCAUUGGAACCAACAACAAGCAGAGCCAACCAAAAAGAAGCAUCUUCCAGUACAACACGCGGACAGGCCAAUGAGAAACGCACAAUACCUGUCAUAGAUAAACUGACUCACUAUGACGGGACGCCUUUUCAGUAUAAGUACAAGCUGCCUACUGCUGACCUCUGUGCUCGUGUGAAUGCUAUACGGAUACCGGCAGACCUGUGUGAGUGGGCGCUAAAUAUUCUUUCAGAUCACAAGGAAAAAAGUCCAUAGGUGCAUCAUAUUGUUUUCAGACUCUCUAUGUACAAUAUACUGCGUCUCAGUCCUGGCACACAGACUGCCAGCAAACACCACAAAACAGAUUACUGAUUUAUUAACCUGCGAAGGGAUCGGAGCUGCAUUUGCCGCCUGUUCUUAGAGAAGCAUAAUGAAGAACCAGUAACCCAAGACCCACAUAAUGUUGCACCAUUUUUGAAUUGUAUUUUUUACAUUUAUUUUUCAAUUGUGUUAAGAGGCUGGUGAGCUACAAAAACUCUAUAUUUUUAUACAAGUUACUGAACUAUUUUGUCUAAUAAAAUAUUUGUGUUUUUAA